CCCUAAUUUAGCGGACCCCCAAUUGAAGGCCACACCAAAGAAUGAGCUCGAACUUAUCCACGGUUUCUUAGAAUCGCUUGUUUUUAAUACUGGAUGUUUUCUGUAAAACCGCUAUUUUGUGGUUCUAGUACCGAAUCACUACUUACACGAAGCUUUUUAGAAUCGUAAUUUCCGCCAUGGCGAUACUGAUUCCAGAGAAUGCGUGCCACAUGUGUCAGAACAGCCAUAGGAAAUGACAGAAAACCUACAGAUUUCGCCAUUGGGUAUCUAGAAAUGUAAAAAUUGUCGAAUUCGGUGAAGAAUUCCGCAAUGAACGACAAAACCAGGGUUUGUAACUUGCAUUAAGAGGUUUCUGAUAGUUGUGGCAUUAUUGCUAUUAUUAUGCCUCUGAAAGGAAUAAUGAAAGGUGGUAUUGGAAGCUUUUCCAGGCGGAGCUUUGAAGGGAAGAGGUUCUACAGAUCUCGUUCGCACAAUGCUGUAGACGAGGAUUCUCAGUACAAGGAGAACCAGGCGUGUAAUGCUGGUAAUGCGGCUGUUCAGGGUAGUUUGUGGGCGAAUUUGCCGCCUGAGCUGCUGAGAGAUGUUAUUAGGAGAAUUGAGGAAAGUGAGAGUGGGUGGCCUUGCAGGAAGCAUGUGGUGGCCUGUGCUGGGGUUUGCAGAACCUGGAGGCAAAUUACAAAGGAGCUUGUCAAGGCACCUGAGCUAUCUGGAAAGCUCAGUUUUCCCAUUUCUUUGAAGCAGCCUGGCUCAAAGGAUUCCCCUGUGCAGUGCUUCAUCAAGCGAGACCGGGCUACAAAUACUUAUCAACUGUUUCUGGGGCUAAGCACAACACUUUCUGAAAAUGGCAAAUUUCUUCUUGCUGCUCGAAAAAUGAGGCGUACUACUGGUGCAGAUUAUAUUGUGUCUCUUGAUACAGAGGACAUGUCCAGAGGCAGCAAUACCUAUUUUGGUAAACUGCGGUCAAAUUUUCUUGGUACUAAGUUUACAAUAUAUGAUAGCCAUCCCCCUCAUAGUGGUGCUAUUGCAUCAACUAGCCGUGCAGGUCGACGAGUAGGAUCAAAGCAAGUUUCUCCAAGAGUCCCAGCUGGUAGUUAUAAUGUUGCUCAUAUUUCGUAUGAGUUGAAUGUUCUGGGAACUAGGGGUCCAAGGCGAAUGCAAUGCAUCAUGCAUUCUAUUCCAGCAUCCUCUGCUCAAUCAGGGGGAGGCGCUCCCACCCCCUCUGAUGUAUCAUCAACAGCUGUAAAUCUUUCCCUUGAUUCUCUUCCUUCCUUUGGAUUCAAAUCAGGCAACUCUGAAAGAAUGCCACUUUCAGAGCCCUUAAUUGCUAAAAAUUUGAAAGAGGACCCAUUGGUUUUGAAAAAUAAAGCCCCAAGGUGGCAUGAUCAGCUGCAAUGUUGGUGUUUGAAUUUCCGGGGUCGUGUUACAGUGGCUUCUGUUAAGAACUUUCAGCUUGUUGCAGCUCCUGAGCCCAAUCAACCGAUUUCCCAGAAUGAUCAUGAAAAGGUUAUACUCCAAUUUGGAAAAGUUGGAAAAGAUAUGUUCACCAUGGACUAUCGUUACCCACUCUCAGCCUUUCAGGCGUUUGCCAUAUGUCUUAGUACUUUUGACACAAAGCUGGUUUGUGAAUAAUUCUUUCAGGUCAAUUUGGUGACGAAUAGAUUGAGAACGAGGUGCUGUAGUUGCUUAGGCUCUAUAGAGGCGUUUAGUUACUUUGUGCAAUCAGUAGAUUUUGCCAGUUGACAUUGGUUCCAAGUUCAAUCCCCAGCACUCACAAGCUAUGUGACGUAGAAAUAAAAUUUAGUAGAUAGGCAUCUGCCAGUAUUGAGUGAUGAGCUACGCUGCCACUUACAUGAAGGUACCAUGUACUGUUGGUAUAUGUGGUGCUACCAAUCAAAUUUAUAUGGAGAUUUUUGUUAUAUCUUACAUGCUGUACAUAUUUGUGCCUAUGCUUUGGCGGUAAUUCAUGGCUUUAAGCGAAUGACACAAAGGGUUCCAAGCUCUAUUGAAUGUUGAAUUUAUUUGACAUUGAGGGGUUGUAUUA